GUACACAGCAGCAGCAACAGUGUGGUGCUCUGGGUCUCCAGCUCUGCCUGGCAGACAAAUCUCCAGCUCGCUGAACAUCUGCAAGACAAAAUUUUCAUGUUCUUCUGUAAAUGAAUGCUGCCUAACUGCACCAGGAAAAUGGGCACAGGGGACUAUCUCUGCAUUGCUAUGAGCGGAGGGGCGCCUUGGGGCUUUAGAUUGCAAGGUGGCAAGGAGCAAAAGCAGCCUUUGCAAAUCGCCAAGGUUCGCAGCAAGAGCAAAGCAGCUAAGGCUGGACUGUGUGAGGGAGAUGAGGUGGUGUCUAUCAAUGGCAAGCCUUGUGGAGACUUAACCUAUGCUGAAGUUAUCAUUCUAAUGGAAAGCCUGACUGACGUCCUGCAGAUGCUUAUCAAGAGAUCCUCCAAUGGAAUAAAUGAAACCUUGAGCGCUGAAAGAGAAAAUGGAAGGCACGAUAACAUAAAAAAUGAGAACUAUAGGGAGAGUACUACACUGCAAAUUAACACAGCGAAAGAGAUACCCCAUGGAGAUCUAUGCAUCACAGAGAUAUACAGUGAGACUCACCAGGGAGCAGGAGAAAGUAACACACACUUUUCUGAAACGAAACAAGAGACCAUACAAAGCCACAGAAUUACUCCUAAAGUGAUAGGCAGCUCCAAAGUGCUCGAGACAGACGAGGCUGCUUUCAGAGGGAAGACAGAAGAAAGAAGGCCAGGUACUAUGGUUGAGCUGCAGCUGUCCCUCUCAAAUGAUGCGCACAAGAGCACCAAUGCUCCUACUGUGACUCUCUUAGGGGCAGAAAAAUGCACCCCUUCGGGAAGAGGACCCAGUGUACAACAGGACGGAACUAGCCCUGUAAUCGCAAUUCCCCUGGGCGUGAAAGAGGGCAACAUCCAGUGGUCAAGCAAAGUAGUCCAGUUUUCUAGUGGCAAAGAGGUCAAGAGGAUCCAGAGUGCAGCUCCAUCUCUCCCCAGGGUGGAGGUGAUCCUAGACUGUUCGGACAGGGAGAAGGAAGCACCCAGGUCUCUAGCUGAAAGGGGGUGUGUUGAUUCUCAAGAGGAAGGAGGGCAGUCAGAAGCACCUCCUUCCCUCCUCUCCUUUGCAAUCUCAUCAGAAGGCACAGAGCAGGGAGAAGACGACCAGCACUCGGAAAGGGAUCACAGACCUCUCAAGCACAGGGCGAGGCACGCAAGGCUCCGGCGAAGUGAGAGUCUGUCAGAGAAGCAGGUCAAAGAAGCCAAAUCUAAAUGUAAAAGUAUUGCGUUGCUGCUGACAGCAGCUCCCAAUCCCAAUUCCAAGGGGGUGUUGAUGUUCAAAAAGCGUCGUCAAAGGGCAAGGAAAUAUACUUUAGUUAGCUACGGUACUGGGGAGUUAGAACGUGACGAAGACGAGGGUGAAGAAGGUGAAGGUGAAGAGGGGGACAAAGAAAACACUUUUGAAGUGAGUUUGCUUGCAACGAGCGAGUCAGAAAUAGAUGAAGAUUUCUUCUCUGACAUUGACAACGACGGUAAGAUUGUGACAUUUGACUGGGACAGUGGUCUACCUGAGGUUGAAAAGAAAACAAAAAGUGGAGACGAGAUGCAGACGCUUCCAGAAAGCACAGGUAAAGGGGCCCUCAUGUUUGCCAAGAGGCGGCAGAGGAUGGAUCAGAUUACAGCAGAGCAAGAGGAGAUGAAGGCACGCACAGUGCAUACAGAGGAACGAAGGGAAGCCGUGUCAGAGAACUUCCAGAAAGUAAGCUCUUCAGUCUAUCAAACAAAAGAGGAAGAAAUAUCAAGACAGCAGACCUGUGUGAGCAAAAGCUACACAGACAUGAGCCAGAAUCAUAGCAAGACUGUACAGCAAAAUGGCUUUGGCUUAGCACCAGACACAAACCUCUCCUUUCAGUCCUCUGUAGCUCAAAAAGCGGCACCAUUGAAUAAAACAGCUAAACCCUUCCCUUCUGGGGUUCAAAACCGAGCAGCUGCACCAUUUUCACCCACAAGAAAUGUCACUAGUCCUCUUUCAGAUAUACCAGCACCACCUCCUUACUGCUCUAUUAGCCCAUCACCUGAGGCUUUAUACAGACCUGUUUCAGCUCCUGCAGCCAGCAGAGCUGCCCCAAAUGUGUGGUCAUUCACUGAGCCAACAGAACGCAUAGCAUCCAGAGAUGAAAGGAUUGCGGUGCCAGCCAAAAGAACCGGGAUACUGCAAGAGGCAAAGAGAAGAAGCACUUCAAAACCUAUGUUCACUUUCAAAGAAGCACCCAAAGUAAGUCCUAAUCCUGCCCUGUUGUCCCUUGUACACAAUGCAGAGGGCAAAAAAGGUACUGGAGCUGGUUUUGAGUCAGGACCUGAAGAAGACUACCUCAGUUUGGGAGCAGAAGCUUGCAAUUUCAUGCAGACUCAAGCAUCUAAACAGAAGGCCCCUCCUCCUGUUGCUCCAAAGCCUUCACUCAAGGUCUCUCCUACUGCUGGUACUCCGGUUUCACCAGUUUGGUCACCUCCAGCUGCGGCUUCUAAUAAGCCUCCUUCUUUCCCAGCACCAGCCUCACCUCAGGCAGCAUAUCCUGCACCACUCAAAUCCCCACAGUAUCCUCAUUCUCCUGCCCAUCCUCCAAGUACUCUCAACCUAGCUGGUCCUUUCAAAGGGCCUCAGGCAACCCUAGCGAGUCCAAACCACACACCCAAGACAACACCAGUCACACCAAGUGCUGGAGGAACAAAGCCACCCUUUGAGAUGCCACCAGCUAUGAGUGGGAAAGGAGCACAGUUAUUUGCCAGAAGGCACUCUCGAAUGGAGAAGUAUGUGGUAGAUUCAGAGACUGUGCAGGCAAACAUGGCACGAGCCUCAUCUCCAACUCCAUCUUUACCAGCUUCUUGGAAAUACUCAUCUAACGUCCGAGCACCUCCACCUGUUGCUUAUAAUCCCAUCCACUCCCCGUCUUAUCCUCCUGCUGCUACCAAGUCCUCCUCUAAGUCCACGGCUGCUACCAAAAACACAAAAAGAAAACCUAAGAAAGUUCUCAAUGCUUUGGAUAUUAUGAAACAUCAACCUUAUCAACUCGAUGCAUCUUUAUUUACUUUUCAACCUCCUAGUACUAAGGAAAGCCUUGCUAUUAAGCAGACAUCGAAGGUGUACACUUCAAAGCAAGCUCUACCUUUAAGACCACCUAGCGCUGGCUCCCCUACUAAUGCCCGGGCGUCUUCAGUGUACUCCGUGCCAGCCUACAGUUCACAACCUUCGUUCCAGUCAAAUGCCUCUAUCCCAGUAAAUGAAUCAUAUUCACCUACAGGCUACUCUGCAUUUUCUAAGCCAGAAACCACCACAUCCUCCUUGUUUACUGCUCCGAGGCCAAAAUUUUCAGCAAAGAAAGCUGGCGUCACUGCACAGGAAAGAAGCAGUGGACGCUCAUUAUCACUUCCUGGGAGACCUUCUUCAUUCAUUUCUCGAGCCAUGUCUCCUACUUCUCCGCUUAUAUUUCAGCCUGCCCCUGAUUAUUUCAGCAAGCCAGACACAACAGCCGACAGGCCUGGCAAGAGACUGACUCCCUGGGAAGCAGCAGCAAGAUCCCCUCUUGGCCUAGUGGAUGAAGCUUUUGCGCCCCAAAGCAUGCAGGAAUCCAUUGCUGCUAACGUAGUAUCAGCAGCUCGCAGGAAAACACUUCCUGAGCCACCAGAUGAAUGGAAACAAAAAGUUUCUUAUGAGCCUCCAGCCCCCAGCAGUAGUGUAGCCUUAUUAGGAGGGAAGAAAUCGGGUAUUGUAUCACCCCCCAAAAGCUCCCUGUCUGCCCCAAGUGCCACCACGCAGGCUGGCUCUCAGCUGCAGUAUGCUUACUGCAGUCAACGAUCCAGAACAGACCCUGAUAUAAUGUCCAUGGAUUCCAGGUCUGACUAUUGCUUGUCAACAGCUGAUUCCAACUACAAUCCACAGCCAAGGGGAUGGAGGCGUCCAACAUGAGCAGCUGAAUAUUCUCCCUUCUUCCAGCUUUCCAAGCCUUAGAUUUGAGUUGGAGAAGGCAAGUUUCUUGUUGGCCUGACGAUCUCUGAACUAAAGAAAUGAGGAGGCAAAAUUGAACAGAGCACAGUUUUCACACAACUGCAGGGCUAGCAGCCUCUAGAAUAGACUCAGUUUUACACCUAACCUAAGACUGUUGUGUUCGUCAAAAAUACACAUUUCUUGGGGUGAGGGGUGGGAUGAAAGUGGAGCAACCGAUGUACUCGAUACAAAAAUCUAGAAAGGAUGUAGAUAGAGACAGUACAAGUGCUUGCAGUUAAGCUAAUGUGAAAAAAAAAGUAAAAUAAGGGCAUUUUAAAAGCAAGAAGUAUUUUACAGGUUCUUGUAGGUUCGCUGGGUGUGUCUGACAUCUGAGUUCCAAGGUACUAGAUAAAACCAGACUUGGGAAAAUUCCAGUGGAAGUGGAAUACUUGGAAGCACUGGCUUAUCUGCCAUAUACUUUCUUUACUGCAUUUUUUAUGUGAGCAAAGGAAGUAAAUCAAUGAAUAUUUUUACUGUGGCAACAGUUAAAAUACAUCUGCGAUCAUGGUACCUGAAUCCUUACGACAUGUAGAUAUAUGCAGUCUUAAGCAGUCAUCCAUUUCAGAUGGAUUUCAAGACAGUUUCGAUGAAGUUUUACAUAUUGUAAUUAAUCAAAUAAUCUGAACACAACAGAAAGAAAUGUGUUAUUAAUAGAGAUCAGUACCAUGAUACUUGAACAACAAACAGGAUGAGGAAAGUCUUCAAAGUAUAUUUAAACUGGAUUGCAAGUUAAGUUUAUAAUAAACUAUCAAACAAGUCAGAGGCUGAACAGCCUUUAUUUCUCUGUGAAAUGCACUACUUGCUGAACAUUUACUGCUACAGUGUCUGGUAAUCUGACUGGCUGGGCAGUUAUUCUUAGUAUCUAGGUAGCUCAAUGUUUAGAAAGCUUUUGAAUUGUAUUCUCAGUUUGGAAGACAUAGAUAAGUUGAUUAUCAAGAACAAUAUCUGUUCUACAUAGAAACUGGUAUGUGAAAGAGGGUUUAUGAGAUGUGUUACAUGGUGUGAGUCUAGCACAAACAGCAAAAUUUGGAUGGUUGGUUACAAUUAAACUGUCUUGAUUGGUCUGAAGAGACGGUAAAUAAUUUUUGCUGGUGAUACAUAUCCUGCAUUUAUAGCUUAUUUAAACAAUAGAAAUAUGUGGCUAAAAAUAUAUGUAUUCCAAGCUUAUUGGGUAGUUUAGAUGUUGCUAAAGUAUUAAAUGAAUACCCCAAGUUUUACAAAGUGCCCUGCAUCCUCCUCAUUUCGUGGGGCAUUCUUCAAGGAUCUGUCAAGCGCAGUCAGCUAAAAUUACUGCAGAAGCACUGUUAACUAUCCUUAGCUUCAAUAAGGUGUAGGCUGUGAGUAAAGUGGUUAGAUCAGAAAGGACUAAGACAUAUACACAGUAAGAAAGAAUAUAUUAUAAAAUAUUCCCUUCUGCAAAGAAUUUCCCAUUAUAGCAAUUAUAAAAUAUAACUGGUAUAACGGAAAGAGGAAAAUUAAGCCCAAGCUCAGUUGAGCUGAACUUCCCAUAAGAACAAAUAAUUACAUGAAAAAUAUACCCUUAAUGAGUUUAAGUUGGCAGUAAUUCUCUAGUCAAACAGAAGUCUCCCUGAAAUCAGCUGAUCCUUUUGAUCAAGCAGGAAAUGAAGUCAUGGGACCUGUAAACCUUUAAACUAGGAUCAUAUUGCUGUAUCACCUUAGAAAUUUAUUUCACAAGUUAUGAAUUUGCAAAGAAAAGAUAAUUUAGAAAAAUUACAUGAACAAGGCUGCCACAGUAUGCCUGAAAAUGAGCUUUGCACCUCAGAGUCAUACCUGUACAUAAUUGGAGUAAAUUUUUCUGCCACACAGGCAAAAAUGCAUUUUUUUCAUGCAGAGUCCCUGAACUUACGGUCCAUAUUACCAUAAUAAAACAAUUCCCUGUACCCAAGUCAAGUUCAGGUUUCUGUUGUGAACUAUAUCCUUUACAUUGUUAAACUGGAAACCAGAUUAAUGUGUUUGCAGUAAGGGAUUUUUUUACCCGAUACAAUUAUUUUAAUUGUCAGAAUCAGAUGCUUAACUUCUGAAUUCUCAUUGAAACUAAUGUUGUGAAUUCUAAGGUCACACAUCUACCACAAGGAAAUGUGUGCUUAAUUUUAAGGUACAUGCAAUUAAAAGUUCCCAAAAGUAUUUUUAAAUUUUGGUGUUACAAAAAAGGUUAUGGUACAAAGUGAUGUUAAAAAGCAUUUAAUGCUGUGAUCACAAAGCAAUUCAGAAAAACAUACUCCAGGAUCAAGCUCUAACACCCACCCCCCCAAAUAUGCAACAAACAUGUAAGAAUGGCAGAAUCAGAACAUUUCAGACAGCAUCACUGACUUUCAGUCAAUGUCCCAAGAAAAACAAAGUGUAGCCUUAUAAUUUCCUGCUAUUCACAAGAAGGAAUUCAUUAAGUACUUCUGUGAACAUGAAAAUUACUGACGUUGGGCUUCAUGUGGCUUCGUAUCUUACCAUAGAUUAACUUGGGUGUUUAACAUAAUCUACAACAGGUUUUUUUUUCCCCUCCUGCUGAGGAUUUAGUAGCUCUCUUUCCCAUAUGGAUUCUCUCAUAUCUAAUAAGGAAUGAGUUCAUACUGCAGCAUUUCCCUCAAUAGCAACACUGGUAAGUGUAUCCGCCCUCCGCCCAGCCAUCUAUUUUUACAAAGUCUGUGGGCAAUGGAUUGUCUUUGAGAUCUAUUCCGCUGCCACACAGAAAUGAAACAAAUAAACAUUUUCAAAGUUAUUAAUGGGAGGACAGACAAACACAGAGGCAUGCAGACAGAUCACAUAGCCCUGUUUACAAAGGAAAUCAGGCUAAAACCAGAUUGAGACAAUGGACUGACUUCAAUGGAAGCAGCAGGCCCAGACUACUAAAUCAAGUAUUAAUGCAUACAGAGCUUUAUGAAGAACCACACGGCAUUUCUCACUUUCUGUUCUUCGCCCCGUUCCUCUACUAGCAAAGCAUCUUUCUAUCAAAUAGUUGUGACUUGUGCGUGAGUUCUGAAUAUAUUAAUGCAAGUAUUCCUUACCUUUGUUUUUGAAUGCACAGAUCUGCUCAGUGAGGAAAAAAUUCUCUUGGUAUUUUACAUAGGUUGGUUUUGUGUUCACCCUCAGAGGUGUCUCUGUUAAUAUGCAGGGUAUUUGAAUACACAAUACAGCUGAAAAUUUAGUUUCUUUAGUUAUGUUAGAUGAUGAUGUUCACAACUCUCAUUCAUAAUUUGUUUUCAUUUUGGUUUGCUUUAACACAACCAAAUAUCUAUUCACAUUGCAUUUCUGCCUAGUAGCAAAAGACUAUAUUAUCUUUAUAAAAGGCUUUUCACUUCCAAAGACUUUUUGUUCACUGCAAAGGACACUUUAUUUGAGAGUGCAUGCCAGAGAUGUAAAUUGUAUCAUUUAAUAAAGUGAUUUGACCAAUCGGA